AUGGCUCGUAGUUGGUCCCGCUUCGCCAUCCUCGCCGGCCUGGCCUUGCGCCCCAGUGCAGCCGCCGCCGCCGCCGCCGCUCCCCACUUCAACUGGGAGGACAUCGAGCCCUCCAGCCAGCUGCGCUACACCGACUGCUACGACAACUUCCAGUGCGCCCGCCUCCUCGUGCCCCUCGACUGGCUCGACGAGGAGAACCCCACCGCGUCGCCCUCGCCAUCGUCAAGCUCCCGCCACCGUGCCCGACACCGACCCGGCCUACGGCGGCCCCAUUCUCGAGGGCGAGCGCCGCUACGAAAUGAUUGGCUUCGACCCCGCGGCGUCAUGCACACCACCCCACGCGCCGACUGCUACCCCGACCUGCUCACCCGCGCCACCGAGAACCUCCAGGCCCACGGCAUCGGCAGCCUCCGCACCGACAACCCCCGCCUGGCUUGGCGUCACGCCCUGAGCCGCGCCUACGGCCAGCGCUGCGACGAGACCCUCGGCGAGGACGGCGGCAUCCUCGGGUACGCGAGCACCGCGUCGGCAAAGUCUGCCAAGCCCGCCCGUCUCCAGUACAUGGGCUUCUCGUAUGGUACUCUGCUGGGCAACACCUUUGCGUCCAUGUUCCCCGGCCGCGUCGGCCGCAUGAUCAUUGACGGAGUGUGCGAUAGCGAGGAUUACAUGGCUGGGACAUGGCUCGCCAAUCUCUACGAUACCGACGAGCUGAUCGAUGCCUUGUACAAAAGAUGCUUCGACCUCGGCAGCAAGUGUGCCCUAGUGAAGAAAGAGGACAAGAGCUGGCACGACCUCAAGGACAAGGUCACCGCCGCCCUGGACCACCUCUCCCGCAAUCCCGUACCCAUCAAGACGGACGGCGGCACCAUGCUCCUCGGCAGCAACGACAUCAACACCCUCGUCUUCGCCUCCCUGUACAAGCCCAGCGCGCUCUUCCUCGCCGUCGCCGGCGUCCUCGACAUCGUCGUCCAGCGCGACUACAACAGGCUCGCCUUCCUCCUCCAGGCCCUCUUCCCCGCCAUGCAAACCUACUGCCCCCUCUGCGUCCUCCCCGACCACGUCCCCGACUCGUCCGUGCUCCCCUUCGACGACUGGUCCGACUACUUUGAUCAGCUCCGCAACCAGUCCCACAUCAGCGCCCCCAUCUGGGCCGAAAUCCGCUUCCGCUGCUCCGGCUGGACCAACCGUCCCAAGAAAGCCCGCCGCCCCGCUCCUCUUCCUCUCCUCCCGCCUCGACCCCGUCACCCCGUGCGCAACGCCUUCGCCAUGUCCGCCCGCCACCCGGGUUCUUCCGUCGUCAUCCAAGAGUCCCUCGGCCACUGCGCCCUCGCCUCGGGCGUCAGCCGCUGCACCGCUGACAUUGUGCGCACCUACUUUGAGACGGGCCAGGUCCCCGAGUCCGGCACCGUCUGCGAGGAAGACUUUGCCGCCCUUUCCGCCGACGCAGCUGCCGCCGCCGGAGAUACCGCCCCCGUGGUUCCCUUUGGUCUGCCUGGCACGAGCGGCCUUUCCGGCGAGGAGCUCAUGGAAAAGCUUGCCGACUUGAGCAGGGUCUGGGCCCAAGGGGGCUGGGAGUCUGGCCAGGGCGGUCGGGGGUCAGAGGCGCAGGAGGUGAUGCAGGAUAUUGAAAUUGGGGAGUUGUAA